AUCGCCAAGUCACUAGACAGUGCAUUCGUCCACCAACCAUCCACAUGCGAUCGACCAGCCACAUCCAUCCAUCCAUCCACUUCGUCGCCUCACAGCUUUAAGCUCGUCUUCUCAGAGUGCGCGUCUGCGUCAGCUCAAAUGAUGCGCCAGACAGCACCGCCAGGGCUGCACACAGUGCACCACACACACAUAUAGAUCACCGACAUGAACACAGCCGCGUGUGUGUGCCCUGCCCCACGCACGUACCUCUCUUCAUGCUGUCGAUCUCAUCUGACCGCGCCUUCUGGCGGAAGUCGUAAUUGUCCAGCAGAAAGUCACACUGACAGAGCGAGAGAGAGAGAGAGAGAGAGAGAACUGUCCAGUGUGCUUCUCCUUGUGUUUGGUGCGGUGUCUGUCUGGCCGACCGAGCUGUGCAGUUGGGCCUGAUACUCGUGAACGGCCUGAAGCUGCUCCUUGGCAGCCUUGCGCGCAUCCUGGACACAUACAUGAGAGAGAUGUUGACGUGAAGAAGGCGUCAGAUGGCCUGAGGCAGAACAGAACAGGUACCUUGCUCUCUUGAAUCAUGGCGAGAGACUCUGAUCUGGCGGCCUCCUUGUCGACAAUCGACUGACAUUCAACACAACACAAACACAAUACACAGAUGGAGAGAGACAUCCCUCCCUCCCUUCAUCCAUCCACCCCUCUCGUCACCUUUGAGUCUGCGGCCCUUUUGUCCUGUGCGUCGCCAAUCAUGGUGUCGUAGUCACGCUGCGCCGUCUCCUCGUCCUUCUUGGCCUCAGCCAUCUGACACACACACACACAUGGGCACAUGUGAGGAAGGAGCCUGGUGUGUCUGGUCGGGUGGUGAGGCCAUUACGUCGACGCCGAGUCCGGAGAUCAUUUUGGUCAUGAUGGACAUGACGCCGCCCGACUGCUCCGUCUUGGUCUGGUAGGCGUCCCAUGUCUCGGGGGGCGGGGGAGGCGCGUCGACACUGCCGCCUCCACUCUGCACUCACAGAGAGACACGCAGAAUGUUUAUUGGCUACAUAUGUGGAUUGGAUUGAACGUGCCUGGAAGAGUAGGGGGUAGGCAUAUGGCGACGGCGGAGAGGUGGUGGGGGCAGCCAACUCAGGAUUGUAAAACUGAUUCAACCUGCAUACACACACACACGAGUCCUCUCUCUAUCUGUCCCUUCACACACACACACACAAGCCCCAAGGCACCUGUCGGCGGCCUUGUUGAGUAGCGCCUUGGCCAGAUUGAGUUCGCUCAUUUCCUGUGUAAACUCCUUCUUCUCCUGCUGCCGCUGCUCCGUGGCAUCCUUGACCGACUCAUCGAGGUCCUUGAUCUCCUGCGUGACAGUGGCAAUCUCCUCCGUCAAGACGUCAACCUUCUCCUGAACAGCCGCAGACCGACACGCAGGGAGGGAGGGAGACAGAAAAAUGGGCGAAUGGGUGCAUGACGGGGCGUGUGGUGUGGUGUGUUGUCUCCUGCCUUCAGCUUGGACAGUUUGGUCUCCAGGUCGGUGAUUUGGGUCUCGGUGUCCUGAAAAGGAGACAGGAGAGAGGCGGACUCUUAUCCGGGCUGUCAUGUGAUGGGUCUGGUGUGGUGAUCCUACGUCUUUCUUGUUUGCGUUCUUGUGGGUUUCGGCCACACACCAGUCCUUCUGCCUGCGGCACACAAGGCAAUGGAACGGACGGACAAUCAUGAGGAUGUGUGCGUGUGUGUGGAUGGCCAUGCUUACUUGUCGUCGGUCUUCUGUUCCUGCCCCAGGACACCGAUCAUCUUCUGUAUCAUCUUCUUGACGCCAUCCAUAUUGAUCGCACCUUCACACAGACACAAUUACACACACACACACAUACACACGGAGAGAGAGGGAGGGAGGGAGAGAGAGAGAGACAAAGGCCAGGAUGUGUUGUGUUUGGGCGCAGGUGCAGUCAUGUGUAGCCAUACCGACCUGAUCGCACCCUCAUGGCCAGGGCGGCCAGCUGUGGUUUCUUGAACUCCUUGGCCGUGUCCAUCAGCAUCUCAUACGCACUCUGCCGGGGGUUGCUGCCCGUCUGCACACAGAUGGACCCUUGGUAGCAUCUCCUCGCUCCGCCCACCCAUCUGUCGGUCUUGUACGUACCUGUAUGAGUGCGGGUGCCUCCUCCUGGUUGGGUGGCGGGAGUGUCUUCUUAAACAGGUCCAGUGCAUCGUCAUCGUUGAGAAUCUUGAUCGUCUCUGGAGGAACGAGGAAAAGGGAAGCAUCCGGCAGAUCCAUCCCAAAGCCCACGCAUAUUUGUUCUCCUUUCUCGGUGUGCGUACCCGAGAUUGCGGCCAUCUCCUGUGCACGAACCUUCUGGCGGUCCUCCCUGCGACAGAGGGGCAUCCACCCAUGCCCAUACGUCAUGUCGAUGUGUGUGUGGUAGGCACCUACCAUUCGUCAGCUUUGGUCUUGCAGUCGGUGGCCAUGUUGGCGACGAACUUCUUGUUCUCCUCCAGAGACCGCUGCACACACGCGAAACGAGAGCAGAGGCGUGCUGAGUGAUUGAGUGGAGGCUAUGUAUCCUGUCCUCGCCGACCGUGGUGUCCUCAAUGUCGUCUUCGCUGUCUGCGAGUAUCUUGGUUGCGUCCGCCAGCUGCACCUGCUUGCUCUCCACCGCUUUCUCGGCUGCCAUAAUCUCCUCAUUCUUGGCAGCCGUCAGCUCUGGAUGUGCACAGUGUCACACAGAGGGCGGGCGCAGAGAGAGACACACACUGACAGGCGAAUGCGGCAGCUUCACCCCAUCUCUGGCCGACCUUCGAAUGCCGCCUUCGCUUCCUCCUCCUGAGAAUCGAGACACGAAGGGUUAAUGAUGUGGUGUGGGCGGGCAUCUCUGUCUCUUUCACGUGUGUGACGGCUCCAUUGAGGUCCUUGUCAAACUCGGCCAGCAUCUGCUUCAGUAUCCCAAGGAUCUCACCUGACUGCACACAGACGACAACAGACACAACAGACACAACAAAUCAACUGCAUAGACACCCUCCUGCAUGUGAUGUGGUAAUGGGGGCCACCCACCUGUGCGGCAUAUCCGCCCUUCAUGUUGGGUUGCUGGAUGAAGGAGUUGAGCAGCUGACGCUCAUCCAUCGACAAGUUGCUGCACACACAACGACACGGCCAUCAACAGAUCCACAACAUGACCAUGGAGGUCUCUGCUCUCCUUGUGUGUACCUCAUUCGCGUGAUGGCGUUGACGCGGCGAAGGGUCUGCGCCACACUCAGGAAGGCGCCACCCAUCCCUGCAGCACCAACCAACGAGUUAUGCUUGCUGGGGCGAGUGGCUGGCUGCCGACCUUUUUCAAGUGCGGGGAUCGCCUUCUGCAGUGCUGCAAUGCUCUCCUGCAGACGAAGAGAGGACGGACAAGGAGAGAGGAAAAGGCGGAUCAGCUGCAGGAAACGACCGUACCUUGAGAUCUCCCGACUCCUGUGCGAACUCAGCGGCUUCCUUCUCACGAAUGGAUGUCGCCUCUGAGACCGCUUGACGGUCCUGUGCAAAACGCACAGUGCAAAGAAAUGAUAUGAGCACAGAUCUAUCUCCCUCUCUCUCACCUCUUCGAUAUCUUUCUUGUGUUCCUCUAUCUCCUGCGUGAGCCGUGUCUUGGCGGCCUGGGCCUCCUUAACGUGACCGCCGAGCUCCCUGCACACACAGAAGGAAGGCAUCCCAACUGUCCUGGCAGUCCAUCCCUCUCUGCGUUUCUCCCACUCGAGAUGGGUCUCGGCGUCUGCGAUCUGUUUUUCCAGCUGGGCAGUGCCCUGCAGCACACCCACACAGAUCAGAUCACCCCUCACAGUGGUAGAUCUGGCCACUGACGCCUCCCUUGGCCCGACCUUUUUGCAGUAGCAUUCAAACUUGUUGUACAGCUUCUCCUCCCUCCUGCCUUCCUCCUCGGUCUGCUUCUGCAUCUCCUGCAGCAGCCGGACCACCUUGCGGAUGGGGUUGUCUCCCAGCCCUGACGCUGACGUCAAGCGAAGGCGGCUGCAGUGCGCCGGGGACAUGAAGAGACAUGCGGAGAGGAGCAAGAUCUUCACAGUGAGCAAGGCCUUCAUUAUGAUCCCGUCAGCCUUCAGGGGAAAAUCGGCUGCAAAAGGCGAAAAAAGAAG